AUGGACAUUGAAAAGACUAUCAGGGACCUCCAGCCCCUCUGCGGGAAGGUCACCCCCAUUCGGACCAUUCAAGAGACAAGACCUCCAGAAGAUUUUGCCGACGCCUAUGUCGCAGAAGUCAACGUGAAAUCUGCAUCCAAAGUAAUCAAGGCUCUCGACUCUGCCUUCCCAAAAGACCCUUCCCUCCCACUACCUCACCUCCGUCGCUUUGCCAAAAGAGAGAUACUCCCACCGCAGCUGCGAUCAGCAAUUGAAGAACAAAGCGCACCUUUGACGGCACCAGUGCAGACGAUCUUUGUCCUUAUCUCCCCUCCCCUGCCUGCCCUUGACAAACUUCAGGCUCUACUCGCUCCAUUUGCGCCGAAUGCUGCACCCACCACCCCAGGCCAGACCCCCGAAGAAGCCUCGCCGCCCGAUUCCCCAAGCCCAGAGAUCUAUCUACAUCCCAUCAGAAUUCCUCUCUACCCACCCUUCAACGCCAAACAGGCUGAUGCAUGGACCAAGACCCUCUGGCCGGUGGUUUUCAACCCGGCUGCACCUCGCUCAACAGUCGCCCCGCCUCCUCAGACCUUGAAUCGCGCACAGGAAUCCAUUGAGCCACGGGCUGGAUACUAUUUAUCCCUCGCGCGCAAAGUCGCAGAGGAAGCAGAACAAUCCGGGCUCGGCCGCGGUGUAGGCGCAGUGAUAGUCGACCCGGCCAUUGAGGAGCUCUCUGCCGCAAGCUGGGAGUCUGGAGCUGACGAGACAGCCGAUUGGGAUGAAGCAGUUCUUGCAGUUGCCGGCGAUGCGCGAUACUCCCGCUCCGAGGCUGGUGCCCCCUCCCAGGCACAGCUACAUCCCGGUGUAGCACCGAACCCAGCCAGCGCCACAUACAAUGCAGAUAUCGAAGGCGGGCCCGAAUUGCACGCAUUGAUGCGCGCAGCAGACCUUGUUGCCCGCUGGCGACGAGAGAACGAUAACCGUGGUGAUGUGACUGCAUCGACUACAGACCCAUCAAAUCUAGGACACUCAGAAGAUACGGCGAAAUUGAGCCCGCUCGAAUCAUACUUCUUGUACCGCCAUCGUUCUGGUACUUCAGGUACCAAUAUUGACGAAGCAUCCUUUUCUCCGUCCUCUCCGAAAAAGAGGAAACACGAGCAACCAAACCCCGAGUCUUGCUCUGCCAUCGACCCAUCCAACCCCGAGCAGUCUCAGCUUGAUCACCCGCCUUUACCUGCCCCUCCUCCUUCUACAGCGGCUGUCUCUGAUCCCCCCAUACCAACUACAACCUCAGCAACUUCCCGCAUCCGCACCCGCUCCCAGGGCGGUUAUCUUUGUACAGACCUGGAUGUCUAUCUUUCCCACGAGCCUUGCCUAUGCUGUUCCAUGGGAAUGCUCCUUUCGCGAUUCCGGGCAGUAAUUUUCCCCAGACGUGGGAGGUUGGAAAGUGGAGGUCUUGCCUCUGAACCGGUUGUUGCUCCUACCACUGAUCAGAUCGAUCAUGAGGAUACUGGUGCUAACGGUCAUACCUCUGCCGAGGCUGAUACGGAAGGACAAGAGGAGAGGGGAUACUACGGGCUGCACUGGAGAAAAGAAUUGAAUUGGCGAGCUCUUGGUUUCGAGUAUGUGGAAGAAGGCGAUGAAGAGAAAGAGGAUGGACCUGAAAGACCCGUCUUCCAUGCUUAA